CACAACGAUUGGUUUCCAGCUAUCGCUUUAUUUUUGGGAUUGUAGUUGUUUGUCUAUCCUCAUACUUCAUUUAUCUAUCUUAUAGUCCACCUGCUAUUUCGAAACUUGUGUUGCAUGAAGGUUACACGGAGAACCAAACAGUGAACUUGACAUACAAUCAUCUGUUUUGUGAAAACAUCUUGUUCAAUUUGAGCAAUGGUCAGUGGGUGAAAAAGAUCUAUAGUUAUAAUGUAAGUGAGCAAGAAUAUGAGAAAUUACUGAAUGAAGAAAAAAAAAUGGAUUCCUAUUUAGCUGAAUUUCGCAUUAAACGAGGAAUACAUACACGAUUAUGGAGAGAUGAUAACAAGUGUGGAUUUAAUAAUGUUCAGUCAAAGCCGGAAGGAAAUGCGUGGGCAGCUCCAGCUGGAAGUUGGUGCGAUGUAAAAAGUGAAAAACCCUGUUGCAGCGACAUAUAUGAUGGUCAAUGUGGGAACAUUUGUGAUUGCUCCAGUUGCGUCGAUACCAGGAAGAUAUAUCACGCUGAAAUAAGUGAUUGGAUUCCAUUUGAUUCUUCAUGUCGACGAAGGAACUACACAGCAGCCCAAGCUUGUGAAGUUGUUAAUCGAUUCUCUCAAAUAUAUUUUGUUGGUGAUUCUUUUGUGAGAAAAAUGUCACGAGGUUUUAUUUUGACCCUAAGGUCCGAUCCAACGUAUGGAUUUUUACUGGAACGCUACGAUGAUAAGUUCAAGGAAUUAUGUGUAGGUGUUGAUCAAUUCUACUGGACAGAAUGCAGAACAGGUGGCGGAAAUAUACUAGACAUGCUCGUUGACAAAACUCCGUUUUGUGGACCUCGUACGCCACUUAUUAGUAUAAAUGAAUAUAUAAAUCACGCUUCUGCAAAUGACUUUUUAAGCUUGGUGAAAAAGUUAGCAGGAAAAGUGGGUUCAGUUAUUCUACUUGGUCAGGGUGGACACGACGGCUGUAAAUCUAAAGUGACGAUUAACAAGUUUUUGAGUGCAGCAAUCGAUUAUUUGGAAGACUAUUACAAGAAUUCUGACAAAAUUAAUACUCAGUUCGGAAAUUUUAUAAAGGUGAGGCGAUGGCCACAUAUCAUUUUUAUGUACCCUGACUCCAAUGGAAUAUUGAAACCAAAAGCAUAUCAUGCGGCAAACGGGAAUAUUGUUUGUAAACAAUUUUCCAAGGAAAUGAAAGUGUAUUGCGAUGCUCAUAAUAUUCCUGUACUCGAUUUUUACAGUCUUACAUCAGGAGUUCAUAGUUAUGAUGGAGCACAUCACGGUCUAGGAGCAAAUAUUAUGAAAGUACAACUUUUACUCAAUUACCUUGAUUACAUAUCACAGUUGAACAAUUGAACUACUUAUCUUGUAAUAUCUUAAUUUGUAUGAUCAUAAUAUUUGAUUAUAGUCUUUUUAGCUGCCUUUUUUGAGAGGAUACACCAUGUUUUGGGUCUAGGUAUUGACUCUUUAUCAACACGUUUUUGCAAUGUACUGAGUACUUCAAAAGCUGUGCCAAUUUGGUAUUGUGUACUGAAGUGAACCACCUUAUUAUAAUGUCUGUACACUCAUUUGUACAUAUUUUGUAGAGAAUUGUGUUUCAAUUGGAUUUACUGAAAAACGAUUUUAAUAUUGUUGUCAGUGAUAUCAUAAACAUUUUUAAUACAUUCAUCACUAUCUUCCUAAGAAAAUAGAGAAACACGUUUACCAACUUGCUUUGCGUAUCUGGUGAAUAAAACAUAACAGCAUAGUUAACACAUUAAUCAGCUGUUAAACU